AGCGCAAAGGGAGAAUUGGAAAGAGGAGGGGGCGGGGAGGCGGCACGGGUGCUGUUUCUCCAGUCUCUUUCCCCUGUCUUUGUCUCACACUCUUUUGUUAGCCAUGCCUAGCCUGCUGGUUCUAGCAGGGAUCAUGGAGAAAAAUGGGGGUUACGGCGGGGAUCUAGCCGGCUCCGGGUUCGGAAGCGAAGGUCUCCUAGUGCCACCCGACGAGGAAGAAGACGACUCCCGUGCCCUGAGGGUCGCGCUGGGCCAGCUGUCUCUACUGGGGCUUGGUGAAGGCGAGGACGGCGGCGGGGCUCCUGGAACGGGAGUACAGGAUCGGAGUAACAAUAACAAUAACCAUCACAACCAUACCAAUAAUAUUGGCGGAGGUGGUGGGGACACAGGGCUUUUGCAAGGGAAGAGCAAGUUAUGUGUCCUGUACGAGGGUUCUUCAAGUGAGACGAAAGGACGAGGCUGCAACAUAACAGAAUGCGUCCCCGUGCCCAGCUCGGAACAUGUGGCCGAAAUAGUGGGGAGACAAGGUUGCAAGAUCAAAGCCUUGCGGGCCAAGACCAACACCUACAUCAAGACCCCAGUGAGGGGCGAGGAGCCUGUGUUUCUCAUCACGGGCCGAAAGGAGGAUGUGGCCCUUGCCCGCCGCGAGAUCAUCUCUGCCGCCGAGCACUUCUCCAUGCUCCGAGCGUCCCGCAACAAGCUGGGCGUGUCCUUCAGCGGUUCCCCGCCUGCGCCCCUGCCGGGCCAGACCACCAUCCAGGUAAGGGUGCCCUACCGCGUGGUGGGGCUGGUGGUGGGUCCCAAGGGUUCCACCAUCAAACGCAUCCAACAGCAGACCUGCACCUACAUCGUCACCCCUAGCCGAGACCGUGACCCCGUCUUCGAGAUCACCGGAUCACCCAGCAACGCCGAGAGGGCCCGUGAGGAGAUCGAGGCGCACAUCGCAUUCCGAACGGGUCUGCACGACCACAACAACGAGAAUGACUGCCUGGGGCCGGAUGGUGGCAGCCCAGUAGGCUCCGGGGGUCUGGAGAGCCGCCUGCAGCAGGUGUGGGGGCUGCAGGGGGGCCAGCGCAAAGCCGUUGACCAGCAGCUUCCGCCAGAACUUCUCAGAUGCCAUGGUUGGAGGAGGGGAAGGAGGAGGGCUAAUCUACAGCAAGGGCAACUUCAACAGCCCCGGAGAGAAGCCCUGCUCCUACUUUGGCUCAGAGGGCACCCAGAGUUGGGGAGACCCAGACUACCCAAAACAGGUGGCCUUCUACGCCCAGCAGCGCUCCAAGAGCUUUGGAGGUCUGCCCCUGCCCCUGACAGACUCUCUCCAGGCCUUCCUGAGCCCUGUGGAGGGAACACCGGCAACUCCUCAGGCACCAGCAUCACUAUUCUAUCUGGCUCGCCUCAUGCCCAGGCCCGCCGUGCCCACAGCGAGCCAACCUCGGGCGUGGGGUUCCCUGGACGCCUUCCUGUGCCGGACUCGCCACCGGCCACCCUCCGGGACUGCAUGACCUGCUUCGAGAGCAAAGUGACGGCCGCCCUGGUGCCCUGCGGCCACAACCUCUUCUGCAUGGAGUGUGCCAUCCGCAUCUGUGAGCUCAACCAUCCAGAGUGCCCGGUGUGCCACACCCUGGUCUCUCAGGCUAUCCGAAUAUUCUCCUAAAAAACACCACGUCAGUUUUUAUCAUUCGUUUUAUCACAGUGUUUGUUCGACAAUUAUAUUACUAUUAUUAUUAUUAUGAUUAUUAUUAUUAUUAUACGUACUUUUCUUUUCUCAGAAAAUUUUCAGACACACAAGCAGAUAUUUUAGAAGGCACUGCUUGCUUUACUAAAAAGUAUAAGAAAUAUUUUGAAUUUUUUCUUUUAUAUAUAUACAUAUAUAUUUUAUAAAAGUUUUGUUUAUAAGAAAAGUAUAGUACCUAGCAUUUUUUCAUUUUUUUUUACUGCUGCUGUUUUUCAUUCAUGAAUCACAGUAUGGGCGGAGUAGAUUGGAAUGUGAACAUUUAACGAUUCAGAUUUAUUUUACCAUGAAGUGGUUUUAUAUGGAGGAAGAAAGGAAGGAGGUGAUCAUUAAGGUUCAGUUUAACUCCCUGGUAUCUUAUCUGUACCUGAAUGAUAUGGGAAGUCAAAAUCGAACAGAAGGAAAAAUAUUGAAUCUUUCAUUGCACCUUACAAUCGUCUUAGUUUCGGAUAGUCAGAUGAAUGAUUGUAAAUCAUCCAGAAAAAUUACGUAGCUGAUGAAAAGGUAAAUACCCCAAUGUGGCUCGAAAUAAUGGAACAAACUCUGAUAUUGUCAUUGAAAGUCUAAAUUUGUUCCAAUCAAAGGAUGGACUAUUCCAUCAUUGUCCCCUUUCUGACAUUUGUAUCCCUUACAAGCUUGUUGUUGUACCUGGUAGUCCUUCCUAAACACCUGUUAGAAUGGUAACAAUAUAGGACAGGAUACUCAAACGCCUUUCUUUAUGCAGAUAUGUUUUACAGAUUUCCUUUUUCACAAAGAGGUGAAUGAAUGCUACACAUUGUAUUGCUAAAAUGUUCACUUCAAUAUCUGUUACACCUUGAAUAUCACUGCAGUUUGGUGAAAAGUUUCAGCGAUGCCUGUUCCUCGUGGCACUUGAAAAGCAUGUUGCUUUCGCCGUUGUUAAGCACUGAUUUAAUUUGUGAGGCUAAAAGCCUUGGAAUUUGUCCAGUUGGCUAAUUUGGGAGAUCCGUCUCCCCGACGGACUAGUUUCGAAGUCAACUUAUCCCCACUUAUUGUCUUAUGUGGUAAUUUAGCUGCUGAACGAUGUAGGACAAAAACGAGAGCCACUUUUGACAGGCAUCUCUCUGAGGUUUGCGCAGUUAGAGCGUCAGCCAUUAGAGUGGACAGAAGCUGAGGAAAACAUUGAGCUGUUCUCUGAAUUGGUAAUAGUGUACCUAAAUGGGCGAAAAGCUCCUAGAAUACAGUACUACCAUCCACAGAGCUCCCUCACCAACCCCGUCCAGCAGCUUUGUAUUUUAGCUCAGAGGCCUAUAAUUAUCAGAGCUGUGCAGGAGCAGGUGUUUAAUAGCGCACUGUGGAUGUGACCUCAACUUGGAGGUCUUUUUUAGCCCCCUCUUUUUCUAUUUUCUUUGGGAGUGCCCCCCCCCCCCCUGCUUACUGUUCGAUCGUUGGCUGUUGAAGGUAGUAAUAACUGCAGCCGACCCACAAUGCAUUGCCUCCCUGAGUGGGGUGUAUUGUCUGGGCCCAGCGGUGGCGUGGGCCCGGAGUGCUCGGACACGGCCCGGAGAGACUCAUUGAUAAUUAGGCAAAUGGGCCGGUCCAGGUGCGGACCGUGUGGGGACCCUGGUGCUGUAUUGGGGGUGAGACUGAGUCCCGGCGUGGGCCGCUGACCGCCCCACCUCUCUGUCACAGGCACAGAAGGUCCAGUCUGGGUGCAGCUGGGCAAAUGGGACCCCUCCUUCUAUCCCUCCCUCCCUCUUUCCUUCUCUGCUGCUCUGAGCUAUCCCUACUGGGGAGAGGGGCCUCCUUUGUCCCAACACUCAGAAAAAAAAGCAGCAUAUGAAAGAAAGAGACCAACUGAACAGGCUGGCAGCUCUGAAAUGAGAGUGAGGGGACUUUGGAGAAAGAAAAUAUAUCUACAGUGUCAGUAGAUACAGUAAUUACCUAGUGUAAAAUUAUACACACAGAUCCAAUUCUUGAAAUGCCCCACUGAACUAGAUGUCUCCAUGUGUUCUCAAUAAGAUAAGGGUAUGAAAACAUGCAGACAUAUAUAAUUUAAGAGUACGAGGAGUCUGAUCGCUUGGAGUUCAUUACCCCCCACCCCAAUUUGGAUGAAGGCCUUUGUGACAGAGAGCGAGUGCAGAUCGAAGUCUCCAUAGAGAGCCCCCCCCCCGUAUCUCCCUUCUGUAUGGGACAUCCUGCAGCUGCCCACUCACCACAGACACACAAGCUUAGCCAAUGGCAGGCUAGCACUGGGCCUUCAGAAUGAAAUCAGACGAUUGUAAUUGACAGGAAAGCGGAGGAAACGCCCCAUUUAGCCACCACUCAUGCUGAAUCAAAUUACACACCCUUUGCCUGUGCCUCUGCCUUAGCCCCAGCCUGGGGAUUUCAGAGGGAGGGAGGGGGAUUAGAGCCGUUGGAGGAUAAGAGGGGGGCUUUUUGGGGUGGAGAGAGAGAAGGCUGCUCCCAAAGAAAAGAGAACCUGCAGAUCUAGUCUUUGUGAGAGGGGUAGUUAGAGUGCUGCUGCCUCAUGUUUGCUGGUGGUGGCAGGUGAACAAGGACAUGCUGGUGAUUCAGCAGGUCUCCCACUAACACUGCAUCAGAUUGCUCUAUUGCGUUUUUUCAGGAGAACUCUUUUGCUCAACUUCUGUCCAUGAAAAUAUGAUGAAUAGUUACAAUAGACGCUUGUCCCUACUCUAGGCAGCAACAGAGCCACCCUUUCCCCCAUUGUAUUGUCAGCAGACCACUCCUGUUGUGCGUGGACUGUGAAGAAAUAGAACUGUACUUCAGAGUAUCUAAAUUCUAUUACAUAUAUAGAAAUUAAUUGACUAUUUAUGAAUGGGGAGAAUUGCACAGUGGUUUGGUCUGAACUUUCAAUGACAAUUUCAAGGCAGUAUAACGCUGUUAACUGAAUAUAGUAUUUUCUAUUAUUUGUUAUUGUGUUUUAAGCCUUAAUAUUCUGUAUUAAAAGAUACAUAUUGCUUUCACUUUGGCAUAAACGUUUAGUGACAUACAGUAGGCCUUCAAUAGUAUUGCCCCCCAAAAAAACUUUAAAGUAACUAUUUGUCAGAAAAGAAUGUGAAUCAACCGGGGUGGGUGGGAUUAAAGGGAAUUGGGAAAUUAGGCUCUUAAACACUUCAUAUUAAAAUAUAGAGUAAAGCACCUUAUUAUGAGAAAACACAUAUAAUUAAUACCAAACCGACCACUGAUGGUGAAUAUUUCUUCAUAGAUUUUGAAAGACAUGCACAUAAGGUUUCCCUAUCAUGUUUUUAUAAUAUAAUUAUUGUUAUUCCUUGUAGUAGUGGUAUUAUGGGAGACCUCUCAUCCAUUCAGUAAGUACUGAUGACUUGGUUGAGUUUGCACUGGUUUAAUGUAGAGGGCUUUUUAGAGAGUCUCACUGUUUUAGAGGCUGUGGGAGACAUUUGCAUUGUGCUUUAUGAGAAAGGAUUCUGCGCAUCUGUGUAUAUAUAUAUCAGUAAUUUACAUCCAGUCAAAUGCCUGCUAUAUAAGUGGGAUUUUGAUUAUUUUUACAAGGUGAAAAUAUCCUUUUGAAUUUGUUUGUUUAUGGACUUUGAAGAUCACUUUUAUUUAUAUACAGUACCAGUCAGAAGUUUGGACACACCUACUCAUUCAAGGGUUUUUCUUUAUUU